CAGUAUUUUUGACCGCCUUUUAGCUAUUGCAUCAUAUCAUUGUCGCUUAGUGCUAAUUUUUGUUGUUCUGCGUCUUAAAUAUUGUAAAUUUGUACUUUUUAUUUUGUUAAAAAUAUAUUGCCAUGCAUCUGAAAGUGGUUGAUCAUAAUGACAGCUCCGACGAUGAGGGCGAGGAGGAGAUGCCCAAUGAUGAUCCUGAGUCCCAAGAAUCCGAUUUGGGCGAGGAAGAAGAGCAGAUGGAGGAAGAUGAGGAAGAGUUGGUGGACGAUGACGAGCAGCCGGAUGCAGAAGAGCCCGAAACCGACGAUGCUCGCCAUCCGUAUCCCACACCACCGCCCGAAGAUGGCUCGAAAAUGGAUCCACCCAAGUCAAUGGUACCAAAACCAAAAGCAUCUCUAACAUCGCUAGCAUUCAUGGCCAUUACAAAGCUGGCCAGUCGUUCGGGAUCCUCGCUUCAGGCCAUCAUAACAUAUCUCAAGGACAACGGUCACGAGUUUAAGGAUCCAAAGAAAACCUCGCGCCUUAUGCUCCGGGCUCUCAAAGUUGCCAUGGAAAAGGGGGAGGUGGUCAUGGUCAAGCGCUCCUUUAAGCUCACCGAUAAGCAGAAGAACUCCUCCAAGGCUAUGGAGAAAAUGAAGGCCAAAAAGCAGAAGGAGAAGGAGAAGAAAGCCAAGGCCGAACAAAUGCUGAAGGAGAAAGCCGAGAAGAAAGAGGCCAAGUCGAAGGCGAAGACCAAAGAAAAGAAGGCAGCCAAGGAAAAAUCACGCAAGCCAACCGAGAGGAAAACAAAACAAACUGCAAAAAAGAAAGAGAGCAAAAUAAAGGAUGAGCCACCAACGGCUAAGACAGCCGCAUCCGCUGCCGCACAAGCUUUGCUGGAAACCCCAAAGACCCAUAGCCCGGAGGCUAAAAAGAAGCCGGCGAAGUCCAAAACUAAGGUCAAUGCGGAACUGUCAGAAGCUGGGAAGUCGAAGAAGCCCCGCAAGUCCAUCGGAACUCUGGCCCAGCCCAAGGCAUCCAGGCCAAAGGUCAAGGCGGUCAAGAAGCUGGUGGCCGGCAAGGGAAGUAUCUCCACACCGGAUCAAUCCUCCACCGAUAUAUCAAAGGCCCAGGCCAUGUCCACUCCCCAAGGACCCACCAAAGCAAAGCGCCAGCGCAAGGCUUAAUUACAAACUAUUUGUUUUUCCAACAUAUAUGUAAAUUAUCGUAAAUAAAAAUAAUAUUUUCGUAGUGUCAAAAUUAAAA